AUGGACCACCACGGGGUCGUCAAUGCAUCUAAGACCCGUGGUGGACUCCCUUCUGUGUCAGAAACGAGCUUGUCCAUGUUUGUGGCUACGUACCCGGGUGCCCAGUGCGACGCGGAGGAUUCAACAAGCGCUGUUGGAUCAUCCAGCUACGAGAACCGCAUUUGCUUUCACGUCAGGCCCCUGGAUUACCAGGAGGAGUCCAGCCCCCUGAGCAGUGCUGACCCUGAUGUGAACGCCACGGAUGCUCGUUGCACCUUGGUGUGCGUUUUAAAUCAUCAAACGGCCCUCAGAGAAGCACUCGGCAACCAACCAAGGCCUCGGAUCGCUUCCGCAAGCUCUGAUGCGACAACGUUACCGUCAACCACCUUUAGCCUUUGGAGUCUUCCCCGGGCUCUGCGGAAUUAUUUCCGCUCUUCUCCUUCUGAGUCGGGGCUGCAGCGCAUACAGCAACUACGCCAGCAGAAUGAGGAGGAUCAGAUACUCCGUUACCGCUUGCUGCGGAAAGAGAUGCUCCUGAGGGCUAUCGCUAAGGCCGGCCUAGGAGGGUGGCAGGUGUAUCAAGACACAGCAGUUCAAGUCAGCAAGAUCUCGGGGGGCCUCAGCAAUCAACUGUACCUCGUUUCCCUUGAUACGGCCGAAGAGGCUCGAGACGUGUCUGCGGGGUUGCCUGGGGAAGAUAUCGCCCCAGCAGUGACGAAGGCCUUGAUUCGGGUGUUUGGACACCAGCAAGGAACUGCCCUCUUCAGCGCUAGGGUGGAGCGCAUACUGUUCAAGACACUCGGAUCCUUGGGCCUUGCCCCCAGAUGUCUGGCGGAGUUUGAAGGAGGACGCAUUGAGGAGUAUUGGGAAAGUCCUGUCUUGUCAACGGCAGAUCUGACCGACAAGAGGAUUUUAGAACGCGCUAUGACUACGAUAGCUGCAUUUCACAGUGUGCCCUUGCCAUCGUUUCUUCCGAAGGCCAGCUGUCUGUUGGGGGAGUCCUCCAGCAACAGCGCUGAGGCGGCUGAGGACCCCUCUGUAGAAUACUGCAGCUGCUGCUGCUGCCGCCUAGAGCUUUGGGGAAGCAUGGCUCGUGAGGCUGUAAAUGAGGUACUGAUGGAGCAAACCCCACUUUCUGACGGGGCUGCAGACUUCCCUCUGCAUGCGGUUGCGGGGUCUGAGGAUACGGCGACUUCGGAAGAUUACCAGCAAGGCAUUCAGGAAGCUCGCAUGCGUUCUACGGCAGCGAAGAUGAAAUCGCUGAACCUGAGCUUCUACUUGGAGGAGGCCAAGUGGCUAGCUGAUAAGCUGAAGGCUCUCGCUCAGGAUGAUGCAGCCUACUUUCAAGCCCUAGAGGCACAACUGCGGCAGGAGGGGGUCUUAAAGAGGCCUUCAGAAGAAGAUGAACAAGGGGAUGGGCUUCUUUGGCUCUCUGGAAUGCAUGCUGUCCUGAGCCACAACGACUUUCAAGAAAACAACAUUCUGCACACACACGGCGAAGGUCUUCGUCUUAUAGAUUUCGAGUACAGCGGCGUGAACGCGAGGGCCUUCGAUAUUGCCAACCUCUUUUGCGAAGCCACGCUGGACUAUACACUUAAUACUGAAUGGCCCUUUUAUUCUGUCUUGCCGAAUCAAAUGCCCUCUUCGACUUUGAGACGGCAUCUUGUCGAGGUUGACUACAUGAUGCUUGCAUCGCACCUAGUGUGGGCCUUCUGGUCAGUUGUACGGACAAAGAUUCCGGAGGAUCCGGAACUCUUUUCAUACCUUCACUACGCAAAGACACGGUUAGAGCAGUACUCUGAGAAGAAACGCGAGAUGCAGGCUCGAGGAGUACUUUAA